AAUGGACAGGUGAAUAUAAAAGGUUGAUAAGGUUGACUCGCAGGUCUUUGCAAGAAAACUCUGGAACACAUAGAAGGGACUUUUUUCUCUCUUUCUCUAAACCAAACUCUCGCCAGUUUCGUUAUUUGGGAACCAAUAAGGCGCUACCUUGUGAGUGAGAAAAGAGCACGUCUGGGUACGGUAUGGUAACGCCAGGUUUUCUUCUGCUCCUGGUUGGCACGGUUGUCGCUCAGGCUGAGAAUGUUGGUGGCGCCACAUCACUGCAUGGCACGAGACUGCAAGCCUCAACUGCUGCGCUGCAUAACAGAGGAAAGCCACUGCCAGGGGCUAUGCGCGCUGCUAAUAAACUUGACAAAGAGGACGCGGCGCAAAUCCAGCAGGUAGCUUUUAAGGACAAACCUGUCAGGUACACUGACACUGAAGAAGAAACCCGUCAACUCUUGCGGAGGAUUCAGGACAUAUUGCAGCAAGAGAAAAAGAGACUCUCGUGGAAUCGCCGAUCGUACGCGCCUAUGUUUGUCGGUAAACGCGACCAGGGCUUUGCGCCUAUGUUUGUGGGCAAGAAGAGAGACAUGGGAAUGAUUCCGCUGUUUGUGGGAAGGAGGGAGAAUGGGUUAGCGCCGAUGUUUGUCGGGAAGAAAGAAAGAGUCCCUAUGUUCGUUGGUAGACGAGGCGCGGUUCCUCUGUUUAUUGGAACGCGGGGCCACGCUCCCAUGUUCGUCGGGAAGCGGGGAUCGGAUACGAAUGAACUGCCCAGUUUAGACAAUAAUAAAGUGAAACGUGGGAAAAGGCGAGUAGAAUUUGCUUCACAGAGUGAGAAAGACUUGUACGCGUCCCAUUCCAUGAACAAGAGAUCUUACAAACGGUUUGACGCUCCAUAUUUUGUUGGAAAGCGGCAGGAUGCCCCAUAUUUUGUUGGAAAGAGGCAGGAUGCCCCAUAUUUUGUUGGAAAACGACAGGAUGUCCCAUAUUUUGUUGGAAAACGUCAGGGGGCCCCAUAUUUUGUUGGAAAACGCCAGGAGGCCCCCUUUUUCGUUGGGAAACGGCAAAGUCCAUCAACCAUUGAUCUUCUGAACGCCGUGAACGCGUACGAAGCAGCCAAACAGUAUCGACUGUUGAUGCAAACCGACAAACGCUUCAAGGCGCCGCUGUUUAUCGGCAGACGGAGCAGCACGGAUGCUCCCGAUUUGCAUGAAAAACGCUUUGACGCUCCCUAUUUUGUUGGAAAACGCUUUGACGCUCCCUACUUUGUUGGAAAACGGUUUGAUGCUCCCUAUUUCGUAGGAAAGAGGUACGAAGCGCCGUACUUUGUUGGUAAACGGCACGACGCCCCCUAUUUUGUUGGAAAACGAGAGGAAGCCCCCUAUUUCGUUGGAAAACGCUUUGAUGCUCCCUAUUUCGUUGGAAAACGACAGAGUGAAUCCGUCAUUGAUCUUCUGAAUGCCCUACACGCGUACGAAGCGGCCAAACAGUAUCGUCGGUUAAUUCAAGCCGACAAGCGAUUCGAAGCCCCAUUGUUUGUGGGCAAAAGGAGCAAUACGCCACUGCAAUCUAACGAUGAAGAAUCUAUAGACAGUUUGGCGUAAUACAAACAGUAAACAAAUUGUGUGCGUAACUCCUCAAACCAAUUUAUCCAAUCUGCGCAGUGAUCUAAAAAAUCAACAAAAAGUCAAGUUGUGAAUUCAAAAAUAAUUGUGGCAUUGCAUAAGCGGCCUUAUACAAAAAGGCGUUCUGUCAAGCUAGUCAUGUUUACGUAAAAUUGCAUCUUUCAUUUUUGUGUACUUUAUUUAGCAAGAAAACGUCAUAACAAAGUUAUCUUUAUGCAUGUCAUAUUGAGCUCUUAGUGAGUCUUUAAAUAUAUAUAUAUAUCCCUCGCUGUCUCUCCAUCUCUUUCUUUGUAUCUCUCUCUGUGUCUCUCUCUCUCUCUUUCUUUGUAUCUCUCUCUCUCUCUCUCUCUCUCUCUCUCUCUCUCUCUCUCUCUCUCUCUCUCUCUCUCUCUCUCUCUCUCUCAAUAAUGAUCUUUUUUCAGCAGUGUUGACAUAAAAACAACACCCGUUUUGUUCCCUUUAUAGAUCAGCAACAGGCUAAAGCAUAUAAGCGAGCUUUUCUGGAAGUUCCGACAGCUGCGGAAGACAGCCUAGAUCUACAAGAUAGUGGAUUUGGUGCCGAGGGAUUGCCCGUAAAGAAUAAGAGGUUUUACGAGUUUCUGGGAAAACGCAGCUCAUCCAGUAGAUCCAACAUAGACUCGAAGACAGUCAA